AUGAUGAUCAUGAUACUUCUCUUAUGCUCAGUUAUCUUCUUUACCAUCCUCUACUUCCAUAAACAGACGACACGGAAGAAAGGAAAAACUCCACCGUCACCACGGAGACUUCCGUUGAUCGGAAACCUCCACCAGCUCGGCCGCCACCCUCACCGAUCGCUAUGCUACCUCAGCCACCGUUACGGUCCUCUCAUGCUCCUCCACUUUGGCCGCGUCCCCGUUCUUGUAGUCUCUUCGGCGGAUGCGGCUCGAGACGUUUUGAAGACGCACGAUCUUGUUUUUGCAAGCCGUCCACGGUCUAAAACCUACGAAAAGCUUCUUUACAACGGGCGUGAUGUGGCCUUAGCUCCUUAUGGAGAGUAUUGGAGGCAAAUGAAAAGUGUGUGUGUCCUCCAUCUCCUUAGCAACAAAAUGGUACGUUCCUUUCGAGAUGUAAGAGAAGAAGAGAUCAGUCUGAUGAUGGAAAAGAUCCGGGAAUCUAGUUCUUUGCAGUUAAAUCUAAGCAAGCUCUUGGCGAAUUUAACAAACGAUGUGAUAUGUAGAGUUGCUUUGGGAAAGAAAUAUGGCAGUGAAACCGAUUUUAAGAAGUUAUUAGAGAGGUUCACAAGGCUAUUGGGAGCGUUUAGUGUCGGGACUUAUGUAUCGUGGCUUGCAUGGAUUGAUUGGAUCCGCGGUUUGGAUGGUCGACUAGCGAAGACGAGAAAAGAUUUUGAUGAGUUCUUGGAGAGAGUUGUUCAAGAUCAUGAAGAUGGUGACGGAGAUAAGAAUGAUUUCGUUGAUGUAUUGCUAGCAAUUCAGAGAGAUAAGAGCGUCGGCUUUGACAUCGACCGGUUCAGCAUAAAGGCAAUGAUCUUGGAUGUUUUUGUGGGUGGUAUGGACACAUCAUACACACUUAUGGAAUGGGCAAUGACAGAGCUUCUACGUCACCCUAAUUGUAUGAAAAGACUUCAAAAAGAAGUCCGUACGAUUUGUAAGGGAAAAUCGAGUGUAUCGCAAGAAGGCGUUCAAGAAAUGAACUACUUAAGAGCUGUGAUCAAAGAGACACUAAGGCUACAUCCUCCACUUCCGUUGAUGGUUCCUCACGAAUCAACACAAGAUGUCAUAUUAAGAGAUUACCACAUACCUGCCGGUACGCAUGUUAUGAUCAAUGCUUGGGCAAUCGGUAGAGAGGCUGCAACGUGGGGACCAGACGUGGAGGAGUUUAGACCAGAGAGGCAUUUAGAUUCUUCUGUUGAUUUCCGAGGUCAGGAUUUUGAGCUGAUUCCAUUUGGAGCUGGGAGAAGGAUUUGUCCAGCAAUAUCAUUUGCUGUGGUGUUGAAUGAGAUGGUUUUGGCUAACUUAGUGCAUCAGUUUGAUUGGAGAUUCCCGGUUAAAUGUACAGAAGAUCAGACCGGUGUCGCUGAAUCAACGGGUAUUGCGAUUCACCGCAUGUUCCCUCUUUACGCCAUUGCAUCAUCUACUACUUGA